AUGCCAUCGGAUUUACCUCCCCGCGAAUCAUUCAUCGCCCGCAGCGGCAACACAUACUCCUUCAUCUCCAUCAAACCCACCACCCAAACCAAGUCACUCCUCUUCCUCCACGGCUUCCCAUCCACUCUCAACGACUGGGUCCAUCAAAUACGGCAUUUCUCAGCAGAAGGAUUUGGCGUCAUAGUGCCAGAUUUGCUUGGGUAUGGUGAGAGUAGCAAGCCUGAUGAUAUAGAGCAGUACCGUCUAAAGCCAAUGAGCGAUGAAGCCAUUGAGCUUCUGGACCAUCUCAAGCUGAAUACUGUUGUCGGAGUAGGACACGACUUUGGCGCGACACUUCUAUCGCGAAUGGUAGCUUACUACCCUUUACGCUUCGAAUCGCUCAUAUUUCUCGCCGUUGGACCACCGCCGCUUGGAACGCCUUUUGAUGUCGACAUGAUCAACCAGAUGACCAAGCAAGUGCUGGGUUACGAAAUGCUCGGAUACAUUCCAUUCCUAGCCGAACUCGACUCUCAGCAUUGUCUUGAACAGAGAUCUGAAGCUGCUAUGAGUCUCGUGUUCUGUCGUGACCGCAAAGAGUGGGAGACGUGGUUUCAUCCUCUUGGGAAGAUGCAUGAGCUCGUACGUGAGGAUCGCAGAGUUGCCAUUGCACCGUGGUACACCGAGGAUCUCCAAGAAGCGCACCUUAAAGCGUUCGGAUCGAAGGAUGGAUAUAAGGGUGUUUGUCGAUGGUAUCGUAUGUGGAAAGAUAACCUGAAUGUGCCGGAUGAGAAGGGCUUCGAAGACUUCAAGACCGAAAAACCCGUCCUCUUCAUAGUGCCCCCGGAACCUGCUACGUCGAUGCAACAACAGCAGCAAAUGCUUUCGUCCUGGGCCCCGAACCUCCAAACCGUUGGUCUCGACACGAGCCACUGGAUCCAUAUCGAACAACCCAGCCAAACCAACAGAGCUAUUCAGAGCUUCCUCACCUCAACCAGCCAUGUUUAG